AUGCAUCCAGCUUGGUCAAUUAUAACAAAAAUAUUUGUGGCAUUAGGAUGCAAAGUCUCUAUACUAGUCGGUUUUUAUGGUACAAGACUUAUUGGACAUAUGUGGCAUUUACAUGAUAUGCCUGGUUUACCAUGUCCUGUUGUUUGUUUUUCUAUGUACACUAUAAUUGUUGAUUUUAUUAUGAAUUAUAGAACUAUGGAUUGUAUUGAUAUAUAA